UUUACCAUUACUUAUUUUAAAUGGGUCCGUUUUACAAAAUGCAUACAUUAAUACAAAAAAUGUCCCAGUACAAAUAUUUGCCUAUUAAAAGAUACAUUUUACGCAUCCGUUUCUCAUGGUUGGCAUUUCUCCUACAGUUUACACUAUAUUCCACCUGGACAGCAUGAUGGGAAACAGCUGGGCACUGGCCAUAUUGAUUUUACUGGUUAUCCUCAUCUCAUGUCCAAUGGAGUCAGACUGUGAAGAGGAAUUCUACAACUCAAAACUGCAGUUCAGACAAGACUACCUCAGCGGUGAUUUAACUCAUUCCAAGAGGUACAGCGACAUCGACUAUGACACCUUUGUGGGUCUGAUGGGCAGGAGAAGUGCAGCAGACAUGGAUGGCGUCUUUCUCGGCCUCCUGGGUCGCAGGAGCUCCAGGUCAGCCAUUCCUCAGCCCUGGGGAGAGGAAUACCCACAGCCAAGAGGAGGAAUUCUCAUCAACAAUGGGAGACUGAGGCACGUAAGGACUUUUACAUAAAAUGACCACACCAAACAUUACAAAAACAACACUUAAGUCAUCUCAGUGAUUGAGACCCAUACAUGUUAGAGACCAUUAUGGUCGAAUAUGGAGUGAAUUGAAUAUUCAUAAAUGAAUUCUCUAACAG